CUACGUGCUGCUCGUGUCCUUGUGCUGCUGUUCACUAAUUUGUCUCCUUGCAGAAUUUUCUUCCAAAUUUUCACUUUUCUCCAUUUUAAAAUGUCAUUUUUGAAUCAGAUUCUAGAAGAAAUAAGGAUUCGAGGACUGAUUUAAUUGUCUAAAGGCCAGUGUAGAAGGAGGAGAUGGCUUCAAUGGAUCAAAACUCAAUUUAUGUGAAAAUAUGGCUAGUGGAGAAGCAAUGCAGCAUCAUUUUGGAGAAGAUAUGAGAUGGAAGAAGGAUAUUAUUUCUCAAUUAAGAGAACGAAAUAAAUCUCAAACUCAAUGUUUUCAAGAUCUUAUUAGUUUACAUAAUCGCCUCUUUGAGAGUGCUAAUACACUGAGAGGUGAAAAUAUACAAUUGUCUAUAAGAAAUGAAAAGUUGUGUCGAGAAAUUGCAGUGGGAAGUACUGGAGCAGGUACAAAUGUUGAAGCACGAUUAUUGGCACAAGCUGAAGAAUUGGCAACUUUACACAGGAGACGAGGAGAACAUACACAACAAAUAGUAGAUCUCAAUAAUAAAUUACAAAGUCUUCAAAAAGAACUUCAAACUAAAGAAACCAGUCUUGCAGAAACUACGGAACUUAACAAUACGUUACGUAUUGAUAUUUCAAAAUAUGUAAUGAGAGAAAAGGAAUUGGAAAAUAUCAAUCAAACAUUGAAAGAUGAACAUCAAGCUUUGCAACUUGCUUUCGCUUCGUUGGAAGAAAAACUCAGGAAAGCUCAGGAAGAAAAUCGUCAAUUGGUGGAGCGUUUAAUUAAAUAUAAGGCAAAAGAUGCAGAUAAAAUGAAUGAAGAAAAUGACAAUUUUUUGAAUGAGAGUUUUACCAGCCCGACAGCCUUUUUGAUGCAUACCAUUUCAAAGUUUGGAAAGAGGCAAGCAAAAAUGCAGAAGGAAUUGGAGGAUGCUGCACGUGAUACAAGACCAGUUAGUCCUGAUCGACUUAGCGUUAAAGAAGGAAUUGUUAGUCUUCCCACCGCAGUUCCUACCAAUGUCUCCAUCAAAUUUAAUGCACAUGAUGGAGAAGUGAAUGCGGUGAGAUGGUCUCCUGUCGAUAGAAUCCUUGCCACUGGAGGUGCUGACCGAAAAGUAAAGCUUUGGGACAUUUCGAAAGGUGCUUUUGAGUGUAAAGGAAUACUAGUGGGAAGUAAUGCCGCCGUGAUGUCCGUGGACUUCGACACAACAGGAACACUUAUAUUGGGAGCGUCCAACGAUUUCGCCAGCCGAGUAUGGACAGUCAGCGAUCUUCGAUUAAGGCCCCUGUCAUUCUGCGGUGAAGAUGCUCAGCAAAUUGACUGGUUCGACAGUUUAGAAAGAGGUUUUCUUCCAUAA